UCCUGAUCCCGCAGACGGCACGGUCCCCGCCUGAUCCCGCAGACGGCACGGUCCCCGCCUGAUCCCGCAGACGGCACAGUCCCCGCCUGAUCCCGCAGACGGCACAGUCCCCGACUGAUCCCGCAGACGGCACGGUCAUCCCGCCUGAUCCCGCAGACGGCACGGUCAUCCCGCCUGAUCCCGCACAGGGCACAGUCCCCGCCUGAUCCCGCAGACGGCACGGUCAUCCCGCCUGAUCCCGCAGACGGCACAGUCAUCCCGCCUGAUCCCGCAGACGGCACGAUCAUCCCUCCUGAUCCCGCAGACGGCACAGUCAUCCCGCCUGAUCCCGCAGACGGCACAGUCAUCCCGCCUGAUCCCGCAGACGGCACGGUCCAUCGUUGGAUCCCGCAGUCGGCACGGUCCAUCGUUGGAUCCCGCAGUCGGUGGCCCAGUUCUCCUGAGUAGAUCCGAACUCGUUGGUUCGGACUGAGUGACAGGAAUCGAUCCCGGGUUCUGUGCCCGAGUCUGUACACCAACCGCCGCAAUGCUCCGCAACGCCGGUCUGGCCACUUUGCUGCUGAUCGCAGAAUUAUAUAUUAUUUCAACUGAAGACAACACAACAGAAAUAUUACUCAAUCCAACUGGAUCACAAAAUGGUUCAGAAGAAAAUGCAUUCUUCAAUCUCACCGCAUCUCCAUCAGUAGCCAUCACAGAGCUCUUCAGAAUAGGGGCAAAAAUCACCUCAACAUCCACGGCUGUCACUGUGAGCAUCGAACCUAGCUCCUCUCUCUCAGAGUACUCUACAGAUAUGGUCACCAACCCUUCUACUGCAUCUUCAGGGGUCACACACAGCCCCUCAAAAUCUAAUUCACUGCAAACAAACACAUCUAGCAGACAACCAACAGAUGCUACAAGUACCUCCCAGGCAUAUUCAAAUUUAACUGAAUUUUCAAAUACCAGUACAGUAGAGUUGAAUUCUACAUUCAACGGGAGCAUAGCUCCAAAUGAAUCAGCAACCACUGAUAGAACAUCAGUGACAAAGAAUACUACUCCAUGGACAACUAGCACUUCAGUCCAGUCAACAAAGUCAGAUUCAAGAACUUCAGACUCAACUGGAUCAGAACCAAGGACAGAUGUCACCAAUGCAUCACAAUCAACCAACGGCAGUACAACAGCAUUGCAUUCAAUCUCAACUAGUCAUCCAACUUCAUCAUUCACCUCAUCAGAGAUAACCAGUGUAUCACAGUCAACUUCAGCUUCAACGCAGCUAACCAGUGUCAGUAUGCCACUAACCGUCAUAACUACGGCCCAGUCAACAAGCACAAGUGUUGAACAGUCACCCACUGCUGAGAACCAGUCAACCGAAGCCACACAGUCACCAAAUGUAACUUCCACAGUGAACCAAACAGAACCCAACAUAACUGCAUCAACACAAACCACGGCUACCACUGUUGGAAGGACAAUAAUAAUAACAACAACAGCUUCAGUUACUACAUCUACGUCUUCUUUGUCUACCGCGGCACCACAACUUUCACACUGGCCCAGUUCAGUGAUCCUGAACACGACACCAAAGCCGACCCAGCAGACCCACAGGGACAUUCAGCAAAGAGAUGCAAGCCUAAGCACAGGAAGCGUAGUGGCUAUCUCAGUUGUGGUUAUCGUGGUGAUGUUGGUGCUGAUUGGGGGAGUCAUGUACUUUAAAGUAAGGAAUUCUUCGUAUGGACGAUUGUUGGAUGACCAGGAAAAUGGCACCUGGGAGAAUUACAAUAACCCACUGUAUGAUGAUUCUUAAUAAAUUGGCCUUGAGACAUAGACUGCUUAGUCAGAGUGAGAGGACUUGUUCAUCCUGCACGAUCAGCUGAAGAUGAAUGAGAUGUGAUUUCAUGGCCAAAUAUUCAGCCUAAUUCCAAUUCUUCCUGUUUGGUCACUCUGGUUUCAAUUUCCUUCCUUUUCCCAUAACACUCACCCAUCUCAAUACUCCCAACCCCUAUCUUCAUUCCCCACCAUCCCAAAUCUCAGUCCUACUUCCCCCUUUCCAACCCUCACUUCUAUCAUCUUUCCACUUAGUUCAGCAGAUUAUUCCAUCAGAACCCAAAAUCUGUCUUGGAGAUCAGCCAAUGAAUAGACUAACAGCUAAGUGGAGACUGAAUAUUCUGAGCUUGGGGCAAGGUUACUUCUAUAGCAAUUUAAUUAUUCCAGCUGUGUCUUAACCUCCAUUAAAAUUGGCAUAUGUGUAUGAGUGGUUUGCCAAAGAUGUUGAGAAGGAAUUGGGAAGGCUGGUUGGGAAAUAAGUCUGUGAUUGAUUGCACAUCUCAAAUGACUUGUGCUUUGCUAAGAUGUUGUCAACUGAGACAUUACCUAGAAAUUGUUAUCAUUGGUCAAGUUCUAAGCAACUGAAUCAGAGAAGAAAAAUGUAUUUUAUAGUAGAUGAAACAAAGGUUGAAAAGGCAGAGAUAAUGUUUCUGCAUAAAACAAUAAAAUAUACACUAGCUUUAGUGAAGUUACGAUAGGAGAGUUGCAUCAAUGAAGAUUAUUCCCAAAGUUAGCUCACCCCAAGCUCAGAAUAUCCUGUCAACACUUAGAUGGCAGGAAAAAGGAAGGAAAAAAUUGGUUUAAUUGUUUAUGUUUUACAGAGUUUUAUAUGAAACUGAUGUUGUUCUAAACCAUUGAUCAUAUAUUGGAUUUCAUGGGAAGAAUUUUCGAUUAGGUCAGUUUUGAAAAAGGAGAAAAUCAAUGGUACAGCACAGAAACAGUCUCUUCAGCCCACCAUGUCCCUGCUGACUAUUGAGUCCCCAUCUAUACUAACCUUGAUCAUUACUACUUGGACCAAAGCUCUCCCUGCAUUCGCUGUCAAGCGUUCGUCCAGAUGCUUCUUAAAUGUUGAGGGUAACUUCCAGCCAGGAGAUUGAGGUAGGAAGGGUCCAAGGUUGAGAGAAUGUGGAUUUACUGCAGAUGCUGGCAUCUGGAGCAACAAAUGAGAUGUUGGAGGACCUCUGGGUCAGGCAGCACCUGUGAAGGAACAAGUACAGUCGACGCUCUGAAUUGAGAUUCUUCAGGUGACAGACUUAUUACAGAAUGUAUGAAUGCUCAAAUCAUGCAAAAUUUGGAGUCAAUGUGUGAUUCGUGGAGUAUUCUUUGCACUGGGUACAGAUUUUUUAAGAUUGUGUUGGAUUCUAUUUCACUUGUAUACAUCUGUCCCUUGAAGUGGCAACAUAAUGAUAACUGUUUGAAUUAGCUUUCCCUCUUCUGCAAACAGUCCAGUGGCCCUUCAUAAGAGAGACAUGUCAGUGAUGUCAGACAAUAAACUAUGUGUCAUGGAUUGAAGUCCAUGGCUGAUUUUAACAUAGCUUAUUAAUUUAUGACACAUAAUAAACAGAGUUAAUUAUUCUA